UGCCAUGGUUCCCAAGAAGUAUCCAGGAGCUGGACAGGUUUGCCAAUCAGAUCCUAAGCUAUGGAGCAGAACUGGAUGCCGACCAUCCUGGGUUCAAAGAUCCUGUGUACCGGGCCCGGAGGAAGGAGUUUGCGGAUAUUGCCUACAAUUAUAGACAUGGCCAACCUAUUCCUCGAGUCACCUAUACGGAAGAAGAAAAGAAAACAUGGGGAACCGUCUUCAGGGAGCUGAAGAGCCUCUAUCCAACUCAUGCUUGUUAUGAACACAACCACGUGUUCCCACUGCUGGAGAAAUACUGUGGCUACCAGGAGGACAACAUUCCCCAGCUUGAAGAUGUUUCUAAUUUCUUGCAGUCCUGCACUGGAUUUCGCCUGCGUCCUGUUGCAGGCUUGCUCUCCUCUCGGGAUUUUUUGGCUGGGCUGGCAUUCCGAGUAUUUCACUCUACGCAGUAUAUUCGCCAUGCGUCCAAACCCAUGUACACACCAGAGCCUGAUAUUUGCCAUGAGCUGCUAGGACAUGUGCCUCUUUUUGCUGAUCCCAGUUUUGCUCAGUUUUCCCAGGAAAUUGGACUAGCAUCUCUGGGAGCUCCAGAUGAUUUCAUCGAGAAACUCGCUACGGUUUAUUGGUUUACAGUGGAGUUUGGACUAUGUAAGGAAGGCGAUUCACUCAAGGCAUAUGGUGCUGGGCUAUUGUCUUCAUUUGGGGAGCUGCAGUAUUGUUUAUCAAAUAAGCCUGAGAUUCAGCCUCUUGUCCUGGAGAAGACUUCCGUGCAGAAGUACCCUGUUACUGAGUUCCAACCUGUCUACUAUGUUGCUGAAAGUUUUAAAGAUGCAAAGGAAAAGCUAAGGAAAUUUGCACAAACAAUCCCUCGUCCUUUCUCUGUUCGCUACAAUCCCUACACCCAGAGGAUUGAAGUCUUGGACAAUGCAAAGCAGCUGAAGAACUUAGCUGACACUAUCAAUAGUGAGAUGGGGAUCCUUUGCAAUGCCCUCCAGAAGAUAAAAUGAAGAUUCUCUGUAGCUUGCUAAUCUCUGGCUUCUGACUAGAAGCUCUCAUGUGCAAAUGCCACUCUUCAUCUAGUCUCAGUGCAUUAUCUUCCUGUGUAUUGCAUGAUGCUUAUGUUAUAUAUCUUAAUUAGUACAGAUUAGCAGAG